UGAAGGGGAGCUUUCCUGGAUUUCACUGCACCUGGGAAUUCCUUCUGGGCUGGUUCAGAUUCCUCCCCGCGAACAUACAUACAUAUAGCUGUAAAUAAAUACGCGUCAGGGUGUUGUUUUCAGGCGAAGUUCCUUUCCAACCAACAUGGAGCAUAACAGAAUGGAUUAUUUCUGCGAUCAGGUGCCGCAGAAAGAUGUGGGCCGCAGGAUGCAGGUCGGCCAAGAAUUUCUGGAGUAUCUGAACGAUCCCAGCGUUUCCACUGAUCUUGAGCAGGAUCAGCAACGCCUUGAUAAAGUCAUUGAUGAAUUGGGGAUGGUGAACUCUAGUAAUUAUAAGGUAUCACUACUUGGAUUAGAUCUUCUGGGUGCCUUUGUUGACAGACUUUCAGGACGCUUCAAAUCCUAUAUAGGACCUGUUCUUAUAGUUUUGAUGGAUCGAAUGGGAGAUGCCAAAGAUCAAGUUCGAGAUCAAGCACAGAAUCUUGUAUUGAAACUAAUGGAGCAGGCAGCUCAGCCAAUGUUCGUCUGGGAACGUCUUGUCGCUGUUAAACACAAGAACUAUCGUUCACGAGAAGGAGUGUGUCUGUGUCUUAUUGCAACAUUAAACACCUAUGGUGCACAAUCAUUAAUUCUCAACAAACUGGUACCACACUUAUGCAUCUUGUCUGGAGACUCCAAUAGCCAGGUGAGAGAUGCUGCAAUAUUGGCGAUUGUGGAGAUUUAUAGGCAUGUUGGAGAGAAAGUAAGAAUUGAUCUUAACAAAAGAGGACUUCCCUCUGCAAGGUUACAAACAAUAUUUAUGAAAUUUGAUGAAGUGAAAAACGGUGGCAAUAUGAUUUCAAGCAACUUCAGUGAUAAAAGCUUUGAUGAUGAAGAGUCAGUGGAUGGAAAUAGGCCAUCUUCAGCUGCCUCAGCCUUCAAGGUUCCUGCAGCCAAAAAACCUGCAACUCCCUCAAAUACUUCAAGAAAGCCAGGUUCUGCUGGUGGGCCUAAGGUUGGAGGCACCACCAAGGAAGGAGGAGCUGGUGCUGUCGAUGAAGAUGAUUUUAUAAAGGCAUUUACAGAUGUUCCUACUGUACAGAUUUAUUCUAGUCGUGAACUCGAAGAGACGCUAAAUAAAAUCAGAGAAAUCUUGUCAGAUGAUAAGCAUGAUUGGGAUCAACGAGCCAGUGCGCUCAAGAAGGUCCGGUCGUUACUUGUUGCUGGAGCUGCUCAGUAUGACGGAUUUUUCCAGCAUUUACGGCUGUUGGAUGGAGCAUUUAAAUUAUCAGCUAAAGAUCUCAGAUCACAAGUGGUUAGAGAAGCAUGCAUUACAGUAGCACAUCUUUCAACCGUUCUGGGAAACAAGUUUGAUCAUGGCGCAGAAUCCAUUGUGCCUACUCUGUUUAAUCUGGUUCCUAAUAGCGCCAAAGUUAUGGCUACUUCUGGGUGUGCAGCCAUUAGAUUUAUCAUUCGUCAUACCCAUGUGCCCAGACUCAUACCUUUAAUAACCAGCAACUGUACCUCAAAAUCUGUUGCAGUCAGGAGGCGCUCUUUUGAAUUUCUAGACCUGUUGUUACAAGAGUGGCAAACGCAUUCCUUGGAAAGGCAUGCAGCAGUCUUGGUUGAAACUAUCAAAAAGGGUAUUCAUGAUGCUGAUGCUGAAGCAAGAGUGGAGGCAAGAAAGACUUACCUAGGUCUAAGAAAUCAUUUUCCUGGUGAAGCAGAGUCGUUGUAUAAUAAUCUUGAGCCAUCCUAUCAAAGAAGCCUGCAUACAUACUUAAAGAAUUCGGGUAGUAUUGCAUCACUUCCACAGUCUGACAGGUCAUCCUCCAGUUCACAGGAAAGCCUCAAUCGUCCCUUCGCAUCAAAAUGGUCCACAUCCGGUUCAACAACUAUGGCUGGCAGAGUUGCAGGAACUACCAAGUCUGUUCCAAGCCCAGGAAUGCUACAGAGAUCUCGCAGCGACAUAGAUGUCAAUGCUGCUGCUGGAGCGAAGGCACGUCAUGCUGCUGGUCAGCCAACGGGAGCUGGCCGUUUAGCAGCCGCUGGUCUACCUCCAGGAUCAUAUGCUUCACUAGAGGAUACUUCUGACAAGAUGGAUGGAACAGCUUCUGAGGAUGGACGUGUGCGAACCAAGCUUUCAGCACCCUCUAUUGGCAUGGGAAACUCAAAGACGGAUUCCAGAGGCCGUAGUCGAACAAAAGUUGUGUCUCAAUCUCAGCGUUCAUCGUCGCCAGACAAAAAUGAAGCUGGCAGCCGUUCUGGUUCCCCUGGAAGAGUUUUGACUACAACUACACUCUCGACUAUGAACACAGGGGUUCAGAGAGUGCUAGUCAGUCAUGCAACAGCACAAAAGCGAAGCAAGAUUCCGCGAAGUCAAGGAUGUAGCAGGGAGGCGAGUCCUUCAAGACUAUCAGUUGCACGAGGUAGCCGUAUUCCUCGGCCUAGUGUGAGUCAGGGGUGCAGUCGGGAAGCCAGCCGUGAAAGUAGCAGGGAUACAAGCCCUGUCCGCUCUUUUGCGCCCCUUGCUUCCAGGCAUCACUCCAGAUCCACUGGUGCCCUCUACUCUCCAGAUGUUUAUGGGGCUACAGGCACAGGUUUUGGAAUAAGUCAGUCAAGUCGGUUAUCCUCAUCAGUUAGUGCCAUGCGUGUCUUGAACACAGGCUCCGAUGUGGAAGAAGCAGUAGCAGAUGCUUUGCUCUUAGGAGACAUACGGACUAAGAAAAAGCCGGUGCGAAGGAGAUACGAAUCCUAUGGAAUGUACUCCGAUGAUGAUGCCAAUAGCGACGCAUCCAGUGCCUGCUCAGAAAGAUCGUACAGCUCUCGGAAUGGCACCAUCCCUACGUAUAUGCGGCAGACAGAGGAUGUGGCCGAAGUCCUCAAUCGCUGUGCAAGCUCCAACUGGUCAGAAAGAAAAGAAGGUCUUCUGGGGCUACAAAAUUUGUUAAAAAACCAGCGAACUUUAAGUCGCGUUGAAUUAAAAAGGUUGUGCGAAAUCUUCACAAGGAUGUUUGCUGAUCCUCAUAGCAAGAGAGUGUUCAGCAUGUUUUUGGAAACUUUAGUUGACUUCAUUCAAGUCCAUAAAGAAGAUCUACAGGACUGGCUCUUUGUCUUGCUGACACAGCUGUUGAAAAAAAUGGGUGCUGACUUGUUGGGGUCCGUGCAAGCAAAAGUUCAAAAGGCACUUGAUGUCACAAGGGAAUCUUUUCCCAAUGAGCUCCAGUUCAAUAUUUUAAUGAGAUUUACUGUUGAUCAGACUCAGACACCCAGCUUGAAGGUAAAGGUUGCAAUUCUCAAAUAUAUAGAGACACUUGCACAGCAGAUGGACCCAGGAGAUUUUAUAAAUUCAAGUGAAACUCGUCUGGCAGUAUCUCGAAUUAUUACUUGGACAACAGAACCUAAAAGUUCAGAUGUUAGGAAGGCUGCACAGUCAGUAUUGAUUUCUCUCUUUGAGCUCAAUACCCCGGAGUUUACAAUGUUGUUGGGUGCUUUACCAAAAACCUUUCAGGAUGGUGCCACAAAGCUGCUUCACAAUCACCUCCGGAAUACAGGAAAUGGUGGCCAGGGGUCCAUGGGAAGCCCUUUAACAAGGCCUGUUCCUCGCUCACCAGCUAGUUGGUCUAGCCCCAUCACUUCCCCAACCAAUACAUCCCAAAAUACUUUGUCACCAAGUGCAUUUGAUUAUGACACAGAAAAUAUGAAUUCAGAAGACAUUUAUAGUUCUCUUCGUGGGGUGACUGAAGCAAUUCAGAACUUUAGCUUCCGCAGUCAAGAAGAUAUGAAUGAGCCAAUGAAACGGGAUCCCAAAAAAGAGGAUGGCGAUUCAAUUUGCAGUGGGUCUGGAAUAGUGGAUCUGCGAGCAGGAGGUGGUGCCACUGAUACAGGCCGAACAGCUCUUGACAACAAAACCUCAUUGCUUAACACAAUGCCGUCUCAUUCUUCCCCACGAUCACGUGAUUAUAACCCAUACAAUUACUCAGAUAGUGUUGGUUCAUUUAACAAAUCAGCUUUAAAAGAGGCCAUGUUUGAUGAUGAUGCAGAACAGUUUCCUGAUGAACAUCCACUGGACCAUUCUGACCUGGUUGCAGAAUUGCUGAAGGAACUGUCAAAUCACAAUGAGAGAGUAGAAGAACGGAAAGCUGCUCUCUACGAGCUAAUGAAAUUGACCCAAGAAGAGUCUUUCGGUGUUUGGGAUGAGCACUUCAAAACAAUUCUGCUUUUAUUACUUGAAACCCUUGGGGACAAAGAGCAUGCAAUUAGAGCACUGGCAUUGAAAGUUUUAAGAGAGAUUUUAAGACACCAACCAGCAAGAUUUAGAAAUUAUGCAGAGCUUACAAUCAUGAAGACACUAGAAGCUCAUAAGGACCCCCACAAGGAGGUUGUAAGAUCUGCUGAAGAGGCUGCUACAAUGCUGGCUACAUCAAUAAGCCCAGAUCAGUGCAUCAAAGUACUUUGUCCCAUUAUCCAAACAGCAGAUUAUCCUAUAAACCUGGCUGCAAUCAAAAUGCAGACUAAGGUGAUAGAGAGAGUACCUAAAGAAACGCUUGCUCAGCUCUUGCCAGAGAUAGUACCAGGUCUAAUACAGGGCUAUGAUAACUCUGAAAGCAGUGUUCGGAAGGCUUGUGUCUUCUGUCUUGUAGCCAUUCAUGCAGUAAUUGGUGAUGAACUGAAACCGCAUCUCAGCCAACUCACUGGCAGCAAAAUGAAGUUGUUGAACCUUUACAUCAAACGUGCACAAACAGGCUCUGGAGCAGGUGACUCAGCGGCAGAUGUUCCUGGACAAAGCUAGUGAUGCUGUUGUUCUCACAGAAGAAAAGACACAUCAGUAAAAGGAAAAGUCUCAAACUAAACUUUUGGAACUCUUCAUUUUUGUUGGAGGUUUUUUUUUUUCCUUUUUUUUUUCCUUAAUGGAGGGCUAUUCUCAGCCUGCAUGUGACUGUUGCAGUUAUUCCAUAUCCAAGGGAAAAGAAAAGAAAAAAACAGUAUUAAUAUCACCUGAUUGAAGCAAAAUAAAUUUUUAAAUCUAAUCCAUCAUGUUUUCUGUUCACACUCCUCUGUGUGUCUUCCCAUUAAUUUUCAUCAGUGUUACUGUACAUUUUUCUUUUUUAAACAACAACAACGACCACCACCACCACAAACCUAAUUAAACAGGAAUGCUUUAAGCUUUAAAAGCUAACAUCUAAAUUUCCUUGUUUUUCUUUGUCUACAAAGUAACAUGACUUUGUAUGGCUGUUUUUAUUCAAUUGCUAUGGGUGUUUUGUUUUUCUUUACUUUCUUGAACAUAAGAACAAAGCCGGACUGGUCUGAAUUGCAACUCGUUUCCUGUACUGGAGUUGCAUCCUCAUGGGCAUGUCUUAAGUCAGAUAAUAGAGUCUGAAAGCAAGCAGUGCCCAAUAAUUAAAAAAAAAAGAAAGAAAAGCUGGACUGAUCCAGUAUCUAAACACGGUUCACAGUUGAGUAUGUUUGUCCCAUAUAUAAAAAUUCCGUUCAAACUAGGAGGACAAGUCAGUGCCGCCUAUGUGGAAGACAUCCUAUUCAGAACACAGUGUUGCAGAACUGGGGGAAUGUGACACCCUGAUUUUCCAAAUUCAAGUUAAGCAAAGUCACUUAAUGGAUAUGAACCAUUCUUGUCACCAUCCCUUCCUCAAGCAGGAUGCUUCAGAGUGGAGUGCUCUGCACAAGCAUGCUCAGUAUGUAUUUAUCUUUAUCACUAGAAUGUUUCCUCUCAACCUAAUUACUGGAACUAAUCGUUCUACCAUUUUAACUCGCGUAGGGAUAUAGGACAGCAAGCACUGCGGAAAGCUUUUUCAGCAAUGAAUUUUUUUAUUUUUUUUUUGCAAGAACAGGUGUUUGUUUGUUGACUUACGGGGGAGGGCUGGGGAAAAGAAUCACAAGCACUAUAGAUCUUGAAACCCUUGGUUGAGGGUUUCAAUUUGAAUUGUUUGGGAAGGCAGCACCAAAUUUAUUGCAUGGUUUCCUUGAAAUGGUGUCAUUGAGACCAUCUGGAUAGAGAUGUGGAAAUGUUUUCAGGUUGUUUCUGUAACUUUUUUUUUAACUUUGUUGUGAAUAAUGCAUCUUUGUAUUUAUGGAUUUCAUAACUGAGAGAAUGAAAAUCAAGAAAAUGUUCCCCAAAGUCUUCUGUUUCUCAGAUUUAACCACCAUCUACUGAGUUUCUUAGCUGAGAGAUGGGAGUGAGAUCAGCACCCUUCUCACAAUGGCUAGAACCUAGAUCUUGUGACCAUAGUUACAUAAUCUAGUUUUAAGGAUUGUGUUUUAUAGGAGAGAAGAUAGCAGUGCCAACGAUUCUGGUUUUUCUGUGCUAGGCUAAGAUUCUCUCUACCUCUCCAGGGUGGAAACUUUUGACUGAGCUGCUACCCAUAAUGUCUUGUGGGGGGGAAAUUGUCUAUAGAAAUAUUUUUUUAUUUCAUUUUUGUUCAUUUACUAUUGUGUAUUCAAAACCCAAUUCUUUUACCAUGCAGCCAAAUACCAUUUUUAAAAGAGCUAAUAAUACUUUACUUGCUAAUUACCUUGAAAAAUUGAAUACUUGGAGUUACAUAAUUUAAUAAAUUACUUUGACUUUGAUCAGAAGUUGUUCUGACUGGGAAAGAUGAGAGAUGUGGUUAUAAAAGAAGCAUUUGCUGUUGAAGAAAGCUGUUUAUCUGGGAAAAUAUUUUAGAAAUAUAUGUAAAAAAAAAAGCAACCUUAAUUGUCAUUAUUCGUCACUGGCUUUUUUUUAGCAGCUUCAUCAGGAAAAUAGUCUCCCCUUUCUCAUUUCCAUAUGUGUAACAUUCUUGUUUUCUACUGUUCUAUUACAUUGUGUAUUUAUAGUUCUCUGCUUACCAUUGUGCAUAUACAGGCAAUAAAAUGUACAUAACAUUACUUGAAAAAUUUAA